UUGGGUGAUGGUCUCUGGUAGGGAUGUUUACAUAUAACUACUCUAAUGAAUGGGUCAAAUUAGUUUCUUUUCUGUUUUGAAAAUGUUCAAACUAUUAAAGUUAUGUUUGACAUUAGAAUUCAAAAAAAACUCAGAUACAUUUCACACAAAUUUCAAAAAGCAUUUUACUUGAUGUAUUUCACUUGUCAUGUGACAGCUCUCGACCAAUGAGAACGCUGUAUUGAAAGGUCUAGGAUGAAACGUAUUUCACUAAUGUGGAACCAUUGUUGCCCUGUUUGGUGUUGAUUUGUACGUAAUCCAUUUUAAUUGCUAAUAAUAUUGAAUACAGAUUUUAAAGUUUAAGUUAAUAUACUUCAAAAAUGUCCAGCAUCUGAAACUGCAAUGUUAUUUUCCACCAUUGUAGAACACAUACACAAAUCUAACCUGGCAAUGGCUGAAGUAGAAUUUCAAGGACAGUACUCAUGCAGAAUCUUUGAAAAUUACAAAAAGUUGAUCUGAAGCCUAAACGAAGAAAUUUUUCCAGGCAGAAUGGGUUCUUAAUUCUUAAUGUAAUGAUUUCACUUAUGUGACAUUGAUGACUGAGUAAAAUCAUAUUGAUUUAAUCAGUUUUUAUGUUCACUAUUAUUUUGCAUUACAUCUUCUGUGGCAUCUUUUUUGAAAAGAAUGGUUUGCAAUAGGUUGGAACUAAUGAUGACUCAGAAUUUUUUUAUAAUCCCCUUCCUAAUACUCCUCAGAAAAGUCCUACAUCUCAUUCGCCAAUGAAGUCGAAGAAGAACAGCGACAAGAUGGCGACAAAAGACAGCUUGUUUGUGGAUAUGAAUGAUGAAGCUGCUUUAGCAGUGUUUGAGGGAAUGGAUCUUGGUAUGGAGCCAGUGAAUGGUGUUGUGCAGCCUCCAGUGUACCCACCAGAAGGAAAACCUCAUCGGAAUACUAAUGCUUUGCAAUUUGUCUACAAGAAUGUGGUGAAAGCAGUUAGUAAGCACAGCUUUGCUUGGCCAUUUCAAACACCAGUUGAUGCUAUAAAGUUAAAACUUCCGGAUUACCAUAGCAUUAUCAAGCAUCCGAUGGAUCUAAAUACAAUAAAAAGACGUUUAGAAAACUAUUAUUAUUAUGAUGUUAAGGAAUGUAUUAGGGACUUUCAAAUUUUGUUCUACAAUUGUUACAGAUACAAUAAGCCUGGAGAGGAUGUUGUUCUGAUGUGUCAGACUAUUGAAAAGACCUUUGUUAGUAAAAUGGCUGAGUGUCCAAAAGAGGAAAUUGAAAUUCCAAUUCCUGCCCGCCCAUUAAGUGGUAAAGGAAAAGGAAAGAAAGGAAAGGGUGCUGGUCGCCCUAAAGUUGGAGUGAGUAAUGUAAGCACACCUGUGAAUUCCAAGUUGCCAACUACUGUACCUAGCAAUGUAAAGAAUUGUAUAACAACUGUGAGUAGCUCUCAGCUUGCAUCUGUAGCUCCUCCUACAAGGACAACUGCCCCUUAUUCCAUUCCAGGAAGUACAAAUACUACUACAGCAUUAUCAGCAUCACCAUCUAUUUCCCCGCCAACUCUACGGCAUUCCAGUUACUCUUCAAAUGAAAAUCAUCAUGCAUCACAUCCCAAACAGACAGUUUCUUCAGUAGAAAACACAAAACCUGUAACAAGGACUCCUGAUGUUGUGGUCACAUCUGCUCCUUCUAAAGCCAAAAAAGGUGUGAAACGGAAAGCAGAUACUACCACACCUACCACAAGUACCUAUGACUUAUUGCCUCCUCCUGAGAAAGCUCCCAAAAUUUCAACUCGGCGUGAAAGUGGCAGACCUAUUAAGAAACCUUCUAAAGAUUUACCGGAAACCCCAGCAUUAAAUGAGCCUAACAAUUCAAAAUUGAAAAAUAAGAAAUUGUCUGAACAAAUGAAAUAUUGUCACGCAGUUCUAAAAGAUUUGUUUGCCAAAAAACAUGCAGGCUAUGCCUGGCCAUUUUACAAGCCUGUUGAUGUGAAACUUUUAAAUCUUCAUGAUUAUUAUGAUAUUAUAAAACAGCCAAUGGAUCUUGGUACUGUGAAGGCUAAAUUGGAAGAUUGCAUUUACAAAACACCAGAAGAAUUUGCUGCUGACGUCCGAUUAAUAUUUACUAAUUGUUAUAAAUAUAAUCCACCUGAUCAUGAAGUUGUUAUCAUGGCUAGAAAGCUUCAGGAUGUUUUUGAAAUGCGUUAUGCAAAGAUGCCAGACGAACCAUCUGCAACUGAAUCUACACCAGCACCUCCAGCUAAAACAGAAGCUCGUAGACGAUCACGUUCAAGUUCUUCAGAUUCAGGAUCUUCAUCCAGUGAUUCUGACGAAGAACGAAGUAGAGAAUUGAAAUUGCAGCAGUUGCAAGAAGAAUUGAAAAAAGUAACAGAAGAAAUUAAAAUACUUGCUACUAAAAGUAGAAAAGAAAAGAAAAAGAAAAAACACAAAAAUAAAGAUAAAGAUAAGAAAAAAGAAAAGGAUGAACCUGUAAGUGCACCUAAUGCUAAAGAGGAAGGAGAGGCCUCCAGUGUUCCAGCUACCAUGCCUCCAGCUGCAGCGUCUCCUGUGUAUAAUACUUCUACUUCUGCUGCUGUUGAUAAAACAAUAGCAAAACCUCAGAAACAGAGAAAAGCUAGAAAUAGUGCACCAAAGCCUGCUCCUCCUCCCAAGCCUGCAAAUCAAAAUAAAAGACAAAGGACCAAUAAUAAAGCUAGGAAAGCAAAACAGCCUCCUCCUGCUGCAGCUGUACCAAGCCCACCUCCAAUACCACCGCCUAAAGAUGUCUAUGAAUUAGAAAGUGAGGAAGAGAAUAAUGCCAAACCAAUGUCUUACGAUGAAAAACGACAGUUGAGUUUAGAUAUUAAUAAACUUCCAGGUGAUAAGCUUGGCCGUGUUGUUCAUAUUAUACAAUUUAGGGAACCAUCUUUAAGGGAUUCUAAUCCUGAUGAAAUAGAAAUUGAUUUUGAAACUCUGAAACCCUCUACACUCAGAGAACUUGAAAAAUAUGUUGCUGGUUGCUUAAAGAAAAAAACACGAAGAAGUAAGGGAAGUAAUAAAACUAAAGAAAUGGAUGUUAAAGAAAAGAAGCAGGAACUUGAAAAACGUCUUCAAGAUUGCAGUGGGCAGCUUCAUUCAGGCAGUAAAAAAAGUAGUCGCAAAGAUAUUGAUCCGGGUCCUGUUGAUGUAGUUGGUAUUCCUGCAUCUCGUCUUAGUGCUAGUAGCAGUAGUUCUAGUGACAGUGAUAGCAGUAGUAGCAGCAGUUCAAGUAGUACUACCGAUUCAAGUGAUUCUGAAACUGAAUUGAAAAAACCAAAGAUAGAAGAAAAUCAGCAUUCAAAUCUUGAACCUCCCUUGCUUAACCCUCCUUCUGGACCUGUUGGUGCAUCCUCACAUGGUCCUCCAUCUUUAGGGGGUCCUGUCAAUCCAUAUCCUCCUCCUCCUGUGAUGCCUGUUGGAAAUAACUAUGUCCAUCCUCAAAACUUAAUGCCUGCAUUCCCCUAUCCUCAGAUAAAAAGUAGUCCCCCUGAGUUACAGCCAACUGUUGAACAAUCAUCAGCAAAUGCAGUUUUUCCAGUUAAUCAACAAGCUGCUGCUGUUCCUGCACGGCCACCUGUUGUAGCCAGUCAUAAUCUUCCACCUCAGCCAUCUAGGCCAACAGCUACAGCCACAGCUGCUCCAGUAAAAAAAAGCGUAGUUGCACCACAGCCUAGGCCAACAGGUAAUGUUCCAGUUUCUACGCCGAGUGUGACAACUCCAGUCUCUCAGGCUCCAGUGCCAACUCAAGCACCUCCUGUUCCUUCCGAGCCAUCACCCAAUUCUCCUAGCACACCGCCUAAGCUGACGCCUGCUGCUGACAUGCGGGCAAGAACUCCCCAAAUCUCUACCCCUCCUUUGGACCCUACUCCUCCGCCACUUUUGUCAAAGCCACGUGAAAGAAAUUCUGAAAUUGAACACAAUACUUCAUCCAAUACAUAUGUACCUUCUAAAGCACCAGAAUUAACUGCGCAGCCAGGUCUGCCUAAUUACACUGUGGGUAAUCAAACAACAACCAAUAAUAGUGCUGUAACUAAUGGUGAGAAAAAAAUGGAGAAUCGACCUUCUCCGGCAUCUUCCGUUCCUGCAACUAAAAAGGUUGAGUCAAAACUAAAAAAUUAUGGAUCGUGGUCGAGUCUGGCUCAAUCUGCUGCCAAUAGUCCUAGUACGAGCAACUCUACUACAACAUUGAAAAGCAAUGCAACUAUGGAUAGUUUUCAACAAUUUAAAAACAAAGCCAGAGAAAAGGCAGAUAAGCAAAGGCAGCUUGUUGAACAGCAAGAAUUGAGACGGCAUCAGAAGGAGCAAGCUGAAAAAGAGCGAAUGCGAUUAGAACGGGAAAGGCAAAGAGCUCAAGAAGAAGAAGAAGCUCUGGAACGAGCCCGGCGAACUCAGCAACAGCAGCAAAAGGAAGCUGGUGUAACUAAUAAAACUCAAGAAAACACACGAUCUCCUCCAGUUGUUACAAAUACAAAUUCUCCUGCUCCUACUCCUUCAACAGCACUAAGUGAAAGGGAAGAGCUGAGGAGGCUUGAACAAGAAAAGCGAAGAAGAGAAGCACGAGCAAGUCAUAUUGAUAUGAAUCGUCAGAGUGAUAUUAUGGCAACAUUUGAAGAAAACUUGUGAUUUUUAAAGAAAAUUAAGAAAACUGUGUUGUCUGCUUGUUAAUUAAGUCAGGACAUUGUAUAUAUUGCUGAAGAGAUGCUCCUAAAGUGCAACAUCUGUAUUCACACAUGGAUGACAAUUGAAGACAUUUGGAGUCAAUUUGUUUACUCUGAAAGCAUAUUUUGUAUGCCUUGUAUGCAAUAUUUCAUUCCUUAUCAUCAGGGUUGCCAAGCCCACACAGUCAGAAUGAGACAUGUAGAAAUCACUUUGUACAGUUCAUCAUUCAUCAUGAAAGACUACAUCAUACGAGAGGUAGUAGUGUGACAAAGAGCCAUAUGUAUUGCAUACUCACUUUGAUGGGUACAGUGUGCUCAUCUUCAAUUUUAGCAAUAGAGCAUAAACGAAAUGCUGCAACAAAAAUACUAUCAACUUUUGUACUUGUGAAUUUCAAAACUAGAAGUGUAUUUGUGUGGAUUUUUUUUUUUUUUUCAGUUAGAAUUAACAAGUCGUGUUUGGAAAUUUAGGACCUAUAAAAUUUUAACUAUUAUUGGCUCAAAAGAAUGAAAAGACAACUUGUAAAUGGCGCCGCACACUCAUUGCAUAUUUGUUACUUUUGUUGCCAAAGGUGUUUUUCCUUGGUAAAGAUAAUUAACAUUGGUAAUAGUGUGUACUAAUGAUUAGGGGCCAGUAUAUUUUAACUUUCCAAGGCAGUCAUUUCCAAACUACUGUGAAAGUCAAAAUGCUGAGGGAAAAAAGCACAGUCUUUCCAUUUGAAUAUUUCCACAGCAGGGUGAUUUUUCCAGUACUCUUGUAUGCAAUCAAAUUAAUUUAUUGGCAAUGGAUUGUUUGUCAGCUUCUGUGUAUAUUUUGAUGUUAGUGUGAAGUAUUGACAUUGAGUAGAACCAUGUCCAGGAUUUUUUUUUUAAAUUGUUGCAUUAUCUUGCAAUUAUAAUUUGUUGUCUGACUACCUCUUGUCUAUUUAUUUAUCAUAAGAUUCAUAAUGAAAAAUGCAUUUAUUUUAUCAAAAUCAGCAUCAUAACUGUUUUAUUUGUGCUGUUUGGUAGAUAAGUGUUUUUAUCUCAUUGUAAUUAAAAUACAUUUGUUAUGUGUUGUCUUGUUAAGGCAGUGUGCCAUUCUUAAAAUUGCUUGAUAAAAAGUACUAUUAUGGAUUCUAGUUUAUACAUUUUGUUAUUUCAAUACUUAAAUAUGCAAUCACACACUAAUCCUUCUAUAUCUUUAAACUAUGAUAUCUUUGCCUACAUUCAUAGAUGUGUAAUCUUAAGUCUUUUUCUUUAAGAAACUAGCAAUGUUAGUAACAAAGUAAAUAAUAUAUAAAAUUGUCUUUAAAUACUUUUUUUACAGAUGUAAACUUUUAUAAUAAGGUUAUUUAAUAGUUUUAAAAUAAACAAAAAUGUGAGAAUUCUCUAACUUUUUAAUUUAUACAAUGUAUUAAGUGAUUGGAGGGGUAAACAUAAUUAUUAUUGCAGUGUGUAACUAAAUUUAAUUGAAUUUGAUCCUGGAAAUUUAGGAGGGGAAGUUAUAUGACAUUAUCACAGUUGAAUGAAGAAUCUUGUUCAGUUGCAAGUCAGCCGUGAGAAAAGAUGCACAGUAAAUAGUACUAGAUUUAAUUCAAUAGUGAGAUAAAACACCUUGAAAAUUACUAAUAUUGACUUAAGAAAAUACAUGUUAAUGAAUGGAAAUAGUGUUAUCACAGAAUACUAAUAAUGAACACCUUCAGUUUUUCUUGUUUUUAUGCUCUGAAUUAGGAAUUCCCCAACAUCAAAUUGUGCUGAAAUCAGUUGAUUGAUCUGAUUUUUUCCCCUUCCCUUCUGCAAAUUAGAAUAAUUGAUUUUUAUUUGUAAAGAUUCAUUUACAAAAGUAUUAAAGUCUUAUUCUUGACCAGUUGAGAAAAUGAUAUUUAUUUUGUAAUCUAGAUAUUUUGUCCUUUAUUAUUAUCAGUUCUCUUGAGAUUUAAAAGAAAUGACACCCCCACCCUCUUUUUUGUUAUUUAGUAAAGAAAAUUUUUGAAAAUUGCCAAAUUUAAUAUAUUUUAUGUACUUAUAAUUAUGGAUUUCCAGAAAAUAAUAGUUAUAAUAAUCUUAUCUUAAAAGGUGUGUGAUCAUAAAUAUACAAAAUGAAUAUUAAUUACUCACGAUAAAAUAAUUAUAUCAUGACUGGUAAAAAGUUUGCUAAAUUUUGGUACAUAUGGAUUGUAACAUUGACACUUAAGUGAUUAUAUCUCAGUAUAUGAGAUACCCAGGCUGUGUUUAAAGGCAAAGAAGUUAUGUUAGUUGAAUUGAACUUUCUAUAGCUAAAUAGCUUUGCCAAUUUUUUUUAAUAAGUUAGCCAUUUAAUUAAUGGUUAAUAUUGACAAUGCUGAGAUUCUCAGGGCUUUUAGUAUUGGAUGACUGCACAGUAUAUUAGCAAUAAUGCAUGUAAUUUUUUCCACUAUGGAUUGAAAUAUGAUCAAACAUAUUCUGCAAAGUUGAGAUUUGCUCUCAAGGUAUCCUGCUUAAAUACAAGUUUAUUAAAAAUAAUCACAAUUUAACAUCCAUAUAACUUAAAGUGACUGCUCUGUAAUUAGUUCAAAGCUGUGAAUAAGAACUGAAGUAACAGCUGACUUAGGGUCUAAUUUUUGUUAAUUUUUAAAAAAUUAAUGUUAAAUGUUAUUCUUUAAAACUUCUUUACUUGUUUUAAUAAAUUUGAAUUUAAUAUUUACCUUCUGUUAUAUAAUAUCCCUCCACAUGUUACAUUUCUUAUAUGUGUAUCACUCAUGAAUUCUGGUUUAUGGUUUGAUAUUUGAAUAAUUCCAACUUAUGUGAGAUUUUAAGAAAUUUCAGUGUAAUAUUUUUAUUUAUAUUAUAAGCAUUCAAAUAAAAAAAAUAUUUUCAGCAAGUUAGAAUAAGCAAAAAAGGUGUAAUAAACUUUUGUAAUAAGCAUAGCCUGUAUUGUAUCGCCUUAUUGCAAAUGUUAUAAAUACAGAGCAAAAUGUAAAGGAAAAUCAAGUUGUGAAUUAUUUUUGUAAUAUCAUCUUUGUAGGAUUUAAGUUGAACAUUUUAGGACAAACUUUAAAGUAGAAAUCUAUUUUAUUUGAAAGAUUUAACUCAUUUUAUUGAAAAAAACUGUAAUGGAUUCUACACUUAAUGGGUUAUAAAAAUCCUACAGGGGGGGAAAUGUUAUAAAUUCUUGUACCCUGCGAUUGACAAUAAAUUUCUAUUGAAAUGAAUGUGUUUUGUAUUUGUUGUAAAUGUUUCUUUCCUUUGCAAGAUUAAUGCAAUAUUUCCUUCUUGUAUCUUACUUUUGUAUAAUUUUGGUAAAGGUUUAAAUCCCUGUGAAAAUUGUCAUUCAGUGCUUUAUUCUGAAAUAAUACUGAAAAAAUUCCCUUGUAUGUGCAAAAUGUAUACAUAAUCGCUGUCUGUAUUUCAAGAAAGUAGUAGUACUUUCUUCUUAUAUAGCUUUCUGAUAAUACAACCAAUGUGUUUUAUAGGUAAAAAGAUUACUUCUUAAUUUACAUAUAUUUUUAGAAAGACUGGUUUAUCUAAAAUAUGACAGACAAUAUACUAUAUUUUUUGUUAUAGUAUUGAUAUUCCCCCCCCUUUUUUUUUUAAUGUUUGCCUUAGUAUCUAUUAGACAUGCUUCUAUGAAUCAUAUUUGAAAAUUAUUGCUAAUAUAAAAUUUAUACUAAAAUAGAUUGGUAAAAUUAAAUUCACAUGGAUUUUUGAAAUCUUUCUUGGGGGGGGGGGAAAAAAAGGAAUUCAAAGAUUAAUAUUUUUUUAUUGAAAUAUAUAAAUGUGAUACUUACACUCUUUUGAUUAUAUAAUUUAAAUAUUUGGCAUUUCAUUUUAUUGUUCCCUCUUUUUUUUUAAAUAAUGACUUAAUUUUGUCUAUCAUUUAAAAAUAUUGGUUAGCAAGAUGCAAAUAAAAGACAAUGUCUCCAUGAAUAAAAAUGCCUGUAUAAAAAUUAUUCAUUUGUAGCUUACAAAUCUAAAAUUAUUAGAAAUUAAUUAUUUUAUAUUGUAAAGUAAUAGGUUUAAAAUUAUAAAUUUUCUAUAGUAAUAUCCAGUCUUUGUGGAGUAUUUUAAUACAUUAUCUUUCAGUUACAAUUGGUUGUAUUAUCCAAUUAAAGCUAUUGAAAAUUGUUUUCUUGCUUUUUAUAUUCCUUUUGUUGAACAUUUGUUUAUAAUGUACAUUGGAUAAUAAGUUUUACCUUUUUUUAUGUUUGUAUAAAUUAAUGGAUUGUAACAAAAAAACGGGAAAAGGAAAAUUCGACAAUAGUGAAAGAUGAUACUGAUAAAUCAGUUUGCAAUUACUGAAAUUGCUGAUGUAAGAGAUUCUUACAUUUUUUAUACAGGAACAUUCAUAAUAUAAGUUCAUUUGUUAAUUUUAAUGUCAUGUACAUAGUUAUGUAUGUAUUCAUUAAAGUAAAAUCAAUUUUCAUUGUGUUAAAUAAAACUGUCCUUUUUCUUAAUAA